CUUGUGGAUCCCGUGUCAAGUCGUGUGCUAAUUACUAUCAACGGUGUAAAUAUUACCAUCUGGUGUUGGACUACGAAACUGACACAGAUAUAAAAAACACAUUUUAGGACAGUCAUAAUUCUAGUUGUGUUUCAGUCAACAAGAUGAUCCCAGUUUUAGUUUUGUUGGUAUCGCUUGUGGUCCAGACGACCUGGGGCGCCACCACGGUCCCCAUCACCAACCACUGGAGCGGCGGGUUCCAGGGCGAGGCGUGCAUCCCCAUCACGAAGGAGCUCAACGGCUGGAAGGCGCAUCUUUUGUUCAGCGAGGACGUGGACAGCCUUGAGGUGUGGGCGGCCACGGCCACCAAAGUCACCCCAAGGGAGUUCGUCUUGGUCAACAAGGACUACAACUCCGUAGAGCACGUCGGUGAUAAACUCUGCUUCACCUUCCUCGGCCACGGCACCGGCGACAUCGUGCCCACAACGACAAUCUACAUCGAGGGGAUGGACGACGCCGGGGGUGUGACGUCGGCUCCUGGGGUGACCCAGGCCCCAGUGGUGACCUCCCCACCCAACACCGGAGGGGGCACCUCCAACAAGGACUACGGCGCUGCUCUGGGCAAGUCUAUUUUGUUCUACGACGCCCAAAGGUCAGGAAAGCUCCCUGCUAACAACCCCAUCCCAUGGAGGGGAGACUCCGCCGUCAACGACUGCGUCCCGGGGGGUUGGUACGACGCUGGGGACCACGUCAAGUUUGGGCUGCCUAUGGCGUCGACUUCCACUGUCCUCUUGUGGUCCCUGGUCAGGUUCCAGGACGGGUACGAGAAGGCCGGGCAGCUGGACAUGAUGUACGACAUGAUCAAGUGGCCACUGGACUACUUCCUCAAGGCCUGGAACCCACAGUCCAAGGAGCUGGUCGUGCAGGUGGGGGACGGCGGGGCUGACCACUCCUUCUGGGGACGUCCUGAAGACAUGACCAUGGCCAGACCUUGUCAGACCGUCAGCUCUUCCAACAAGGGAAGUGACAUAGCAGCUGAGACAGCCGCAGCUCUGGCAGCUGGAUCUAUUGCCUUUAAAACCAAAGGAGACACCGCUUACAGCUCCCAGCUUCUUGCAGCUGCUGAAAGUCUUUAUGCUUUUGCCAAGGCUAACAGGGGUAUAUUCAGCGGGGCCACCCAGUUCUAUGGGUCCAGUGGGGACAAGGACGAGAUGUGUGAGGCCAGUGCCUGGCUGUACCGGGCCACCAAGAACAACCAGUACCUUGACGACGCCAAGACCUUCGUGGAGGACGCAUGGGCGUGGGCGCUAAGUUGGGAUGACAAGAAAGUUGCCUGUCAGGAGAUCUUGUAUGAGGAGACACAGAACAGCCACUACAAGGACGCAGUGGUUGGUUUCCUGGAGGGUUGGAUGCCCAGUGGUGGAAUCACGUAUACACCCUGUGGGUUGGCAUGGAGGGACAAGUGGGGAGCCAACAGGUAUGCCGGGAACACCGCUUUUGUUGCUCUGCUGGCUGCGGAGGCUGGAAUCAACACUGCCAAAUACCGACAGUGGGCUGUCGAGCAGAUCAACUACAUCCUCGGUGACAACCAUCACGACGGUGGAUGUUACAGUUUCCAGAUUGGAUAUGGAUCAAAGUAUCCACGUCAACCUCACCACAGGGGGGCGUCUUGUCCUGAUCGUCCCGCGCCCUGUGGUCAAGAACAGCUGAGCGCCCCAGGACCAAGUCCUCAGACUUUAACCGGCGCCCUUGUGGGUGGACCUGAAGCCAACGAUAACUACCAAGACGUGAGAACGGAUUAUGUGUUGAACGAGGUAGCAACAGAUUAUAACUCUGGUUUCCAUGGAGCUCUUGCAGGAAUCGUCCAUCUCCAGGCAACCAACAACUUCCCUGCAACCAACAACAAAUGUCCAUGUGCUGGGAAAUAGACAUAAUUGUCCACUUGCUAUUUGAAAAUAAAAUUCAUUUCUGUCAGUG